GAGCGCAUGCUCCUUCUCGAGGACGCGGUCGACGACGAAGACGGGAACGAGACUCAAGCCCUUUUGACGCAUGCGGAGAAGACGGACGAGAAGACGGAGUCGAAUGUGCAAGUCGAGAAGAGCACGGACCUAGCGUUCUGCCUCUACGCACACGUAGGCGAACAACAAACGAUGAUUGCGAAGAUGUGGGAGAUGCAAAGCGAGAUGGCGACCCUAGCAGUGCAGGCGGAGCGUCUGCGGCUGGUCUAA